CACACACUCACGAAGACACACAUACACUCACCUACACACACUCUGCUCCCGGGUUGUACUUUGUGGAAUUGUGGAUUACUUUCAAAAUUAAGAAAAUACAGGCAUGAUCAGUUGGCAGUGUGUCGGAGCUGUGUUGAAGUGUGAGAUGAACCAUGGAGGUGUGCAGGAGGCCAGUCACUAACCGAACCAACAAGCACACACCCAGCAGCAGCAGCAGCAGCAGCAGUAGCCCAGGGAUGCCCUGCAGCAUGCAGCUGGGCCCUCACUAGCACCAAGUGGACCCAGUCCUCCCCUCUUCACCUGGGGCCAGGAAUGCAGAAUGCUCAGUCCUCUCACCCCAUACAGUCUGUUGAAGAUGCACUGGUCUCCGGAGCACGCCGCCCCCUUAUCUCAGUGGCCUGAGCAGCACCUGGAUGUUAGCUCUACCACCUCACCCCCAUCUGCCCACAAACAUGAGUCCUAUGCUGCAGCUGCACGACGCCCCUAUGCCCCUGCAGGUUACCCAUGGGCCAGUGAUGACAUAUCGGCCCUCACCGCCUCCUCUCUUCUCAAACGCUACGCUGAGAAGUACUCUGGCCUGGAGCUGUCCUAUGAGCGCCCCGCCACUGGAGCGUACUCUGAGCCUGGAACUUUCAUAAAAACUGAAUCUGAGCCCUGGACUCUGGGUCAGGGGAUGGAGUGCUACCCUGGACUAGAGGCAUUAACUGGCACCAAAGUGGGCUCUGCAGCUGUGGGGAUUCCAGCCACAGGUAGUGUGACCGUCGUGAGCAGCAACCUGAGCUCUGAUCCGGGCUACAGUGGUGCUGGAUCUUGCACUGCCCCGUCAUCUCAGGAAUACCCUCCUGCCUACAACACCACAUACCUGUCCCCAGGUUAUUGCCCUCAGCCCAGCGCACUUCCCCCUGCCCCCCUCCACUCCCUGCAGGCACCACCCACUCUAGUGCCCAGCUACAGUGCCAGUACUCCUGUCUACAACUACCCUCCAGGGUGUUAUCCUCAAACCAGCCUGUCCUCUGGAUACAGCCACCCCAGUGCCUCCUACCUGCCCUCUGGGAUCAGUGCCCCCACUCCCCUGACCCCUAGACCCACUAUGGUGGGGGGCACCUACAAUUACCCAUCUCAUAGCCUAGGAGGGAGCUCUGAGGCAGGGGCACCGGUGAAACGAAAGGCCUUUGAGAUGGCAGAUGAAGGACAGGAAGGCACAGAUGUGGAAAACUCACGCUAUAGAAAGUAUGGCAACGGCCAUGGAAACAGUCAUAGCAAAGGUCACGGCAACGGGCAUGGCAACGGCUAUGAUAUGAGCGGCUCGGCCUCAGACCCACAGGCCUACAAAGUGGGAAAGCCCCUGAUGUCACCUCCGUACGGCAGGGCAGGGGACUAUAGCCCACCUUCAGGUCUUGCAGGAGAGAAUGUAUCAGGGGAGCACAGCUUUUCUCAGCAGCAGAGAAUGUCUAUGAAGAUACCUGCAUCGCACACACGGUCGGAAGACCCCAGCGGGGGGCGCUGACAGCCCCAUGUGAGAGGUUACCGCAGUCUUUGAAACCUGGUGGAGCUCCUAAUCUAAGCAGACUUGGGGGUUUAUCAAUUAAAGAUUGAAAUUCUUAGUGAACAAGAGAGGGAAGGCUGGUAUUUCUUGUGCAUCUUUUUUUCAUUUUCAUUGUUCCUGUUUUUCCCAAAGAUUUGCAGAGGUAUUUUGCCCUGUACGGUUAAGAUAAGUCUUAGGGGUGAAGUCAGGGCAUACUCUACACAGAUAGCGUUAAGACAGUCGAAGUGUAUGAGUGUCUGUUUCUCUCAGGAUCUUAUUUAUUUCCUGUCUGCUACUGUGGUGGCAGCACUGCAAUGUUGCUGUUUUAGACGUUGGUGUAAUUAUUUGUGGCCAUUAUAUAUAUAUACAUAUAUAUAUAUAUAUACACAUAUCUUUAUAUAUAUGACAGGCCUGUGACUGCAAUAUGCUUUACAACACCACAAAAAUACGUUCUGACCAAAAAGUAAGGAGAGCAAUAACUAAAAUAGUGACAUUGCCAUACUAUUUCAGCACAAUCACUGCUACUUUACACAGUUGAUUUCAAGGUUUGAGGCACCUCUUGGCUUUGAGAAUUGAAUGUUUGCCUGCUUGCUGUUUUUCCACAUCUUUAUUCUUGGCAGUUUUUCAGUUUUUUUAAUCAUAUUUUCUCUUCUUUGUUAUUUUUUCUCUAAUCUGUACUCUGCCCCUUACUCUCAGUCUAUUAUCUCAUUGUUGAAUUCUAUUGGUUUUGUCCAGUUUAUGCAAACCAAGCUGCUUAUCAAAUUACAUAAUAGCAUAGAUGAAGAGGAUAUUUAACUCCUGUUCCUAAAAGCAAGUCUGCAAACAAUGCAUUACCUGCUGCAGCUUAUGGCUCAUCUUUAACAAAAAACAUAUUUCAAGAAUAAAUUUACUCCAGUCAAAACAUCCAACUGCACAAAUUAGCAAACAGUGUAAAGGAAAUAAGUCUGUUUUUUCUUCGUAUCUCUGUUUGGAUGUAGACACAUGUAAGGAUGUGUCAGCAGAUGAUGCUCCUGCUCCAUUUUUCUCAAUGUUACAAUCUUAAAAAAUUUCUGCUCGCCAAGUUCUUACUUUUUGAUAUGCAUUUUCUUUAUUUUUGCCUCUCAAAAGAAUUAUCUGUAGUUGUGUUAUUGAAUACUCAGGAAGAUUAUUGUUACCUCAGAAUGAUAAAAUAAGAAUGUAUGUUAUUACGUUAGGGUGUUUAUAGGGAGCUUUAUGAGCAAGAUGAAGAGGAAAUCAUACUCUGAAGUCUUCAGGGAAACUUACAAGGCCUUUGAUACAGACAGUAGAAAACAUAUACACACACACACACACACCUAGACAUACACAUACGCGCACGCACCUACACACACACACACACACACACAAAUACAACCCAUGCUGCUUCUUAGCUUUGGGAAAUAAAUUAGAGGUUUUUGUACCAUGGCCUGAAAUGUUGAAUGUAAUUCAGAUUUUUUUUUUUUUUAAAGGACAAUACAUGCCAUAAUGUACAUCAAUGAUGUUUUUAGAUAUAUUAAACAUAUUUUUUUCAUGUAUAGAUGUAAUUCUCUUAUAGAUUUUGGUGGAGAAAUGAAUGACAUAUUAAGUGUUAGUGUAGUUAGCAGUGGGGAAAUGGUUUUGUGGACAAAAUGUCAAAACAAAGCACUCCUGAUGGACAACAUUAGACAUCAUAAGAUGUACACAUAGUGCAGCACAUGCUCUACAUUAGGUAUGUUUAUUAAAUGUCUUAACGUGUCCAAUUUCCAUUUCCAAUAUCAGUAUUUUAAAACUGCCUGACACAGUCUCACCAGUAAAUCAGCUUUAAAUUGACAUGAAUUGACACCAUGAAGAAGGGAGAUGUAUAAGCAUGGGUUUUUGUUUGGUUUUCUUUUCUUUUUUAACAGACUAGCUUUGUUGCUCCACUUAUGCUAUCCCUUCAUAAAUUGUGCCAUACUAUUAUUUUUUUGCUCUAGGGCUGUAACAAACCUGAACAGAGUGGAUCCUCUUUAGUUGUAAGAUUUAGUUGGAAGUUCAGUGUGAUGAAAAGGUAUUUUAAUGCCAUCUUUGGAAAUUCAAGCACAUAAAAUCAAACUUAGUAAAAAUGGGGUUGAUUGGGAAGGAAUAUUCUCAUCACACCAAAAUAUAUCUUCGAAUAAUGCUGAAGAAAAAAGACAAAAAAUGGUGUUAAG